ACAGCAGCUCUUUUCUGCAAAUGUUUUAUUUGCAUGAACUUAGAGAUAAAACUGCACAUUCAAGAGUAUAAUAUCGAAACAAUCCGUGAGGAAUGCCAUUAUCGGCUGAAAUUUUGAUUUGAAGUGAUUCAAAAUGACGAAACAAUCAAUUGGGCACGAACAAAGUGCCAAAUAUCAGUAUUUUGCUGCAUUAGUGGUGAAUAUUUUUCUGAUGUGUUAUGGUGUAACGUGCGGCUGGGCCAGUCCUAGCAUAAUUUUGCUAAUGUCAGAUGAAACACCGUUACCAUCUGGAAAAAUUACAAUGGACGAAGCAUCAUAUGUUGCUUCACUUAUAUGUAUCGGAGGGUUGAUUGGAAAUAUUGUCUUUGGUUUCAUUACAAACAAAUUUGGUCGCAAAAUUCCACUACUGUUUCUGACACUCCCAGCCAUUAUCAGUUGGACGCUCAUUUGGUUCGCUCAAAAUGUUUAUUAUUUAUAUGCAGCGAGAUUAUUGAAUGGAUUUUUUGGCGGCGGAAUCUAUACCAUAGUCCCAUUGUUCUUGUCUGAAAUUGCGGUCGAUCGUGUUCGAGGGGUUUUGGGCUCAACAUUGGUUUUAAGCGGUAAUAUCGGAAUAUUGAUUGCUUUUACUCUCGGCAACUAUUUCGACUUCACAAUUACACCAAAAUUUGUAAUUGCCUCGGCAGCAUUGUGCUUUGUUUUACUUUUUUCCUUCCCGGAAACACCACUAUUCCUUAUGAAACAGAACAAAAUAUCUGAGGCUGAAAAAUCAAUUCGAUUUUAUCAAAAUUUGAAAGGAGACACUGAUUAUGAAGUGCUUCAAACGGAAAUGAAUAAAUUGAGAAGUUCUCUUGAGGGAAACAGCCCAAACAAAACAACUAACAAUUCAUUGAAGUGUUCUGAUUUGAUGACUGGAUCGGGUAAAAAGGCGAUGAUAAUUGGCAUUGUUUUAGCAGCACUUAAUCAACUGUGUGGAUGUUUUGCCAUGUUACAAUACACGGCGAAUAUUUUUAAAGAAGCUGGCUCGAAUAUGUCACCCAAUAUGUCCGCUAUUGUUGUGGGAGUUAUUCAAUUGUUGGGCUCAUACGUAGCUAGUGCACUCGUCGAUCGAGCUGGACGAAAGUUUUUGUUUGCAGUUUCAACAAUUGGAAUUGCAUGCGGAUCAAUCACUUUGGGUGUCUAUAUGAUGUUAAAAACAUCCGGCUAUGAUGUCGAAUCGGUCAAUUGGAUUCCAAUUGUGAGCUUUUCAUUUGUAAUCUUCAUUGCUUCGUGGGCCGUGUUGACCUUACCUUUCCUAGUGAUCUCCGAAAUCCUCCCGGAAAAGUUGAAAAACUUUGGCACUUCAUUUUGUAUGGCAAUUUUAUGGUCGUCUUCAUAUGCCAUGAUCAAGUAUUUGCCACUUUUGACGGAUACAUUCGGAUUCCAUGGAACAUUGUUCAUUUUUUCUGCUGUUUGUUUGGCUAGCGCAAUAUUCAUCAUUUUUUACAUGCCAGAAACAAAAGGGAAAAGUUACGAAGAAAUCAUGAAUUUACUUCAAUAAAUUUUCGAAUCGAUUUUGAUAGGAUAAAAUUCUUUUAGCAAAAUGCAAUUCAUGCUUAGUUUACUUAAUUCUUGUAUGAAUGUUAACAUCACGAAAUACAUCAAAACAAUGACACUGU